AUGACACUUGUCCCUGACUCCAUCAUUCCACUACCCCCGACCGACGAGUAUUACGACCUAGGUACAUACACUCGCAAAAUCAGCACGAAGAAUGCGGCCGCGCAGAUCUGGUUUGACCGUGGUUUGGUCUGGUGCUACGGCUUUAAUCAUGCCGAGGGCUAUAAAUGCUUCGAACAAGCCAUAGCCCACGACCGCCAGUGCGCCAUGGCGUACUGGGGCCUCGUGUAUGCGGCAGGGCCAAACUACAACAAGGGCUGGGGGCUCUUCGACCCCGUUGACCUGACGCGCAGCAUGAAGAUAUGCCAUGACACCAGCCGGUAUGCUCUGCGUCUGAUAGAGACCGCGCCUGUGACCCCUGUCGAGCGGGCACUCAUCAAGGCCAUGCAGGCGCGCUACCCCGUGGAUCACCCGGUCGCGGACUAUACCCAGAUCAACCACUCGUACGACCAGGCGAUGCGAAACGUGCACGAAGAGUUUCCCGACGACCUCGACGUGAUGACCUUGUACGUCGACGCCAAAAUGCACAUUGCGCAACGCAAGAUGUUCCACAUCAAGACCGGCCUGCCCAUUGAGACGUCGCCUGUCUUGGACGUCCAGCGCCUCUUUCAGGAGGGUCUGCGCCAUCCCAACGCAAAUACACACCCUGGCAUCCUCCACUUUUGCAUCCAUUUCUGGGAAAUGUCUGCAACUCCAGCCGUUGCCCUUCCGCCGGCUGACCAUCUCCGCAACCUCGUCCCGGACGCGGGGCACCUGCACCACAUGCCCACCCACCUUGACGUUCUAGUCGGUGACUAUCGCCGUGGGAUCGAGUCCAACAUAGCCGCCGUGCGUGCAGACGAGAAAUACCUCGCCCGCAAUGGGGCAAAGAACAUGUACAGCUUCUACCGACUACACAACUACCACUCGCUCAUCUACAACGCCAUGCUAUCGGGCCAGUCCAAAAUCGCGCUUGCAACGCUGCAUCAGAUGGAAUCAUCGAUAACGACCGACGUCCUCCUCACAAAAUCACCACCCCUAGCCGACUGGCUCGAGUUCUUCCUCUCAGUGCGCGUCCACGUGUACAUCCGCUUCGGGCUCUGGGACGCGCUGAUCGGCCUCCGUACGCCAGAAGACCAGGGCAAGGACAAGGAUCUCUACUGCGUUACAACUGCAAUGACAUUCUACGGCAAGGGCAUCGCCCACGCAGCGACUGGAAACCUGCCCGAGGCAUAUCGGUACCGCGAGCUCUACACCGCGGCCGCGCAAAACGUGCCCGCCUCGCGAAGAGACCACCCAAACCGCGUGGUCGACAUCCUACAGGUCGCGACGGCCAUGUUGAAUGGUGAGAUUGAGUACCGCGCAGGAAACCACGACGCCGCCUUCCGAUACCUCCGCGAAGCAAUCCACCAUGAUGAUCACCUCCUCUAUACUGAGCCAUGGGGGUGGAUGGUGCCCACCCGCCACGCGUUUGCCGCGCUGUCACUGGAGCAGGGACACGUCGAGGCCGCGGCGCGCGCGUAUGCUGAGGACUUGGGUGUUGCAGAGGGCCUGACGCGCGCGCACCAGCAUCCGGGCUGUGUGUGGGCGUUGCAUGGGUAUCACGAGUGCUUGGUGCGGUUGGGAAGGGGUGAGGAGGCGGCGAGUGUCAAGCAGGAGUUGGAUGUUGCGAUUGCGGUGACGGACGUGGAGAUUCGGUCGUCUUGCUUUUGUAGGCUGGGGGUGUUGGCCGGGAAGGCAGGGGGUGAAGGUGAGAGUCGGAAAUGUUGCGAUGGGCCUUGGUUGGACUGUUAUUAG